UUGAAUUCUGCUCCUACCGCCGUUUCGUAUACUACCUGGCCGUGGUUCGGUGUUCGCGAUCGAUACGGGUGGUGGGCACUGUUGCAUGUUCUGGUCGGAUUUGGGCGUUUCGAGGGUUGCUUUGAUUCGGAGUUUAUAUCUCUUCGGUUGUCUUUCUCCUUGUCCAUGAUUCGGAGAGGAGAUCGUGACAUCGACUUGCCUUAGUAUUUUUUUUUUUUUUUAAAGUUGGAGGUUUGGAGCUGGUUGAUGUUUGAGUGGGUUGGCGUAAAAUUAAUAUCCAUCACAAUCAUGCGCGAGUGAGGAAUUCAGUGAGAUAAAAUCUUUGUGGAUGUAUCGCCUGCAGAAUAAACUGAGACUGAGUCAGCUGUAGCAUGUAGUCUAUGAUGUUUAUGCAGUGUCUUAGGAAAGUCCCGUGAGGUUUGGUUGUGGUUAUUGAUCGUAGUUUGGGAUGCGGUUCAUAAUCUUGGUUUCAAUUGAGAAGGCCUGAGAUUUCAGUCUCAUGAUUUAGUUGUUAGGUUUCCAAACAUCUCCAACAUCUUGACUCUUGAGGGAAGUUGUGCUGUUGCAUCAAAAGAUAAAUAGAAUUGGAUCAUCUAAGAUUCAAGCUUCAAAGGAUAUUAUGUGUCAAUGUUCUGUAACUUUGAGUUGGACUCUACUUUUGAGUUUUGAUUUAGACAAACAAUUAAAUAGGUAAUGGGUGGUUGCUGUUGCUGUUCAUCAAGAAGUGCUGAAUCAGAUAGCUCACCUGCGUACUACUAUCAUCCUCGAAACUUGGAAGAGAAUGAACCACUGUCAGUGACCAACCACGGUGCAUUGCCUUUAGUCCCCUCCAGAGUACUCAAUGAUAAUCUGGCCACAUCAACACCUGACACUUACCAAGCACCACCUGCACCUUUGCCCUAUGAUGUGGGUUUGGAGAACUUACCAACAUUGCCUGGAGAUGUUGCAAAUUGUGGCACUAAAGUAGAUGAAAAUGAAACACUGAGUUCUCAGACAACAGGAGAGAAAAAUGAUAGUUUUGUAACUUCAGGCUGCAAGAAUAAACCCGACUGUGAGCAGAAGUCUCCUAAAAUUAGUGAAGACGAGAUCAGUAAGCUUAUCACCUCUCCAGAAGAGGAGGAUGCUUGUCCUAUUUGUCUCGAAGAUUAUGAUACAGAGAAUCCUCGUAUUCUGACUAAAUGCGAGCACCAUUUCCAUCUGUCCUGUAUCCUGGAGUGGAUGGAGAGAAGUGAUACCUGUGCAAUUUGUGACCAGAUAAUGAUGAUUGACAACGUGUACGGUAUGGUAUCUCCCUAGCAGAACUUUUAACCAGUUGAGUAAAUUCUCAAGCAACUGAAAGAAUUUCAA